AAGUAGACCUGACGAAUUUUUUCAUUCAUUUUUGAGCAACGUUUUAUAUUUUGCGAAGGAUAUUCUUUUGAAUUCCAAGUUUCAUUGCUCGAUAUUACGUUCUACGCUAGUGAAUAUUCCAUCUCUUCGUGACUGAACAAAAUCGCAAAACAUGAGUGCCGAAGAAUCAAUCGAAGCAGCAGCUGAUCACCAUAAUCCAAAGACCUUGAUCAGAAGUCAGUACAAAGAUGUUAUGGUCAAAGUCGACGAAGACAUUUACUACCUGGACCGGCUGCAGCUGGCUUUGAAGUCGGCAUAUUUUGAAAAAUUAUUCACCGAAGAUUACAGCGAUAAAAACAGCGACUUGAUAGAACUCCCACUGAUGGACACCGACACAUUUUCCGCCGUUGUUGGCGUGAUUUAUGGCGAAGAAUUGAAAUCUGUUCUUAACUCCGAUAAUUUCGUAUCCUUGUUGAUGGCUAUGGAUUAUCUUCAGAUGCAUAUCGAUCCAAAAACGUAUAAAUCCUUCGCAGCUAAAGAGUUGGAUUUCAGUGAUCUCAAUAAGGAUAUUUUCCAGUUAUAUUAUUUCAUUGCGGAUGAUGCAAAAUACGAGUAUUUAUUACCAAUUGUGUUUUACCAUCUGGCCGAACAUUUGGAAGAGCUGAAAGAUCGUGAUGAAAUUCUUUCAAUCAAGUUUGAUCACAUUAUCAAAAUUAUUUCGAACGGAGAUGCAUCGAUUUAUAAUACUCCGUUCAGAACAGUUAGUAAAUUGUGCGCCAGAUGGAUCUGUCACGAUGUGGAAAAUCGAUUGCACCAUGCUGUAUAUCUUGUGAAUGCUGCUAAAUUCAGAUUUAACAUUUCAAAUGAGAUUUCUCGUCAAGAUUUCAACUUGGAAUUGUUCUCCAAUAAAGAGCACCUGAACCAAAAUUCAAUUUCAACGUACAUUCAUAAAUUGAUGAUGUAUUGUGGGGAAAUCCGUUGCCCAGACGCUGACACUGUGGAGACAAUUAAGACACUAUGUCCGUGCGCUGAAUGCAAUAAUUUUAUUGUAGAAGUGGAUCCACCCACCAUUUCGAAGAAGACCACCGCAUCUUAUCCAGUCGUGAACAGAAGUUGGAAUUGUUCUUGAAGAAUAGCAACUUUUACGACGUCACAGUCAAAGCUGAUGGAAAAGUUUACAAACUUCAUCGAUCUGUGUUGAAGUUAAAGUGUGAGUAUUUCGAGGAAAUCUUUUCCAAAGAGUACUCCGAGUUAGCUGCACAAUGUAAAGGAAUACCACCGAGCCCUCCGAGUAAGGAUAAAAUAUAUUCGCUAGAUGAAAUCGAUGCAGCCACAUUCGACAUGAUUGUUGACCACAUAUACUUGGGAAAAAUAGAACCGACAUGUGACAGUAUCGUUCGCUUAUUCAAAGCAGUCCAUGCUUUAAGAAUCGAUAGUUUGAAAGAUCAAUGUUGCGAAUGGAUACAGUCCAAUUCCAAAGACAUCGAUGACAAAGAUGGAAUUGAAUUAUUAAAUUUCACUCACGUACACGCCGAUUACAAAGAUGUGAAUCGACUUCUUCUAUCCGAAUAUAUCGUCGACUCGUGGCCUAAAAUAGAUAAUUUGCCACAGUUUGCAGACCUUUUCAAGGCGAUCACCUUGCCUGAAGGGACCAAUUCGAUCGAUGAAAAUGAUGCCUAUUUGUUUGAUAAGGUUGAUCAAGAAACUUUCGAAGUGAUUAUCGAUUACAUUUACUUCAAUAUAACAGACAUUAAGAACGAAAACGUUGUGAGUGUGUUGAAAGCGAGCGAUACGUUUAAAAUUGAGAAAUUAGUCGAAGAAUGUAUACCUAGUUUGAUAACGUGGCGGCUUGACAAGAUGAGUUCAUCAGAUGUCAAAGAAAUUCUGAUUCUUUCUCUUGAAAAUUUCCAGUAUCACGAGGUUCUAAAUACAAUCUACCUAGUACAAUACAUGAUGCAGUGGCCCGAGGUGGACGUGAAAUUGUUUUGUAGCGUAGCAUACGAGUGUUUAGAAAAUAUGCUACUGUCGAAUGAUUUGUAUUUUAAUGAUCCGCACGAUCUGCUGGAUAUUUGCUCGAAAUGGGUCGUACACGAUGUGGAAAAUCGAUAUCGCCUCGUACUUCGAAUUGCAUUCGCAAUAAGUCGAAAUCGCGAAGCAAAUUCUGACGAUUAUUGUAUCGAAAAUCCUUCGAAUUGGAAGCAAUGCACGCAAGAUUUUGUCAAAAACAAGAUAUGGGAAGUUCUUUCUUCAACUUCGGUUCUACCUUUCGCUGUAUUUUCUGAGGAUGAAACGAAGAAGCGAAAAACUGAUCUUCCGGUAUUCGUGACAUCGCACGAGGGAAGAGUAUUCAGAAUAUACAGCGCAGAAUGGGAUGAACUCGUUUCAUUUCGUCUUUCCAUAAAUGACCCGGUUCGGAAAGAUUUCGUGUUCUGCAAUGUAAAAUAUCCUAUGGCAGCAACCAUUGUGAAAGAUAACUUGUUCAUACUCUGUAGUAUGUGCAGAAUGUCCUUUUUUUACAUCUAUAGUUUAUCAUCGAUGUGGUAAUCGUACACGAAUUAAAUUCACAUACUCACAUUUAAAAACUCACUUUAAUUAUACGAAAUUAAACAGAAUACAUAUUUACAAUGUGCAUAAAAUACGUUCUAAAGAUAACGAUAAAAUUACGUAUAUUUGGCUUUCUGAAGGGGGGAUAUUUACCACAACCCUCCUUUAAUUUUGAAAAUUCUCAAGCCAUUUUGGGGGUUUUGAAACUCGCGAUGACCUGCGAAGUAAAGGUUCUUCCGGCGGAUCAUUAGCUUGAUCGGAGACAGGUUCUGACACAGGAACAUUAUCUGGAACCGGAGUUGUAGGAGUUGCAGGCGUUGCACGAGUAUAUUUUUCGACUUGAUUUUCAUGACGUUGAAUAUUUUUCGUAGGCGUUGCAAUAUUAACAACCGGACCAUUUAUCGCUUCGAUUACGCCUAUUUCAUCUUCGAAUUUACUUUGAAACUUAUUUUUGGUAAACGGACGUUCGAUUAAAACUUCAUCACCAACUUGAAGUUUCUGAUUGAGCGGAAGAGGUUUUCCACUCGCCAUAAUCGAUUUACUUUUAUUCAGCCGAUCUUUCUCGCGAACCUCCGCUUCCUCAACGAAUGGCCGAAGGGUAGGUAGCUUAUCUUGAAUUCGACGAUUGAAUAAAAGCUCAGCAGGACUUU